CCUCCUUUAAUUUCCACACGCGCACAAGCAUAUACAUACACACUUUCUAUCCCCAUAUCGUCUCAUCAUUUUCAUAUUAAUCAUCCCUAUAUUAUUUCUUGCCGGCGCCUCCACAAACCCCUAGCUCAAGGUAAAGAUUGAAUCUUUUGGUGGUGUUUAGUGGUUUUGGUUUGUUUUCUUGAAUUUUCUUGGAUUUUGAAGGUUAUUGAGGGGAUUUAUUGUUUUUGGCAGAGAUUGGAUUUAUAAGCUUAAUUGUGUAUUACCAUCUUGAAAGGAUUGUAGGAUGCUGAAAGGUCACGUGCUUGAGAUAAAGAACUGAUGUCUUUGAAACUUCUCUAAUUGACCGAAGCUUAAAAGUCAAUUAUUAAAAUGGAUCGCAAGGACACAUCAGGAUUUGUUAGCGGGGGUGGGAUGUGUAAAGGCAUCUAAUUCUAACAGUAGUGCUUAGUUUCUUUUGUAGAUAUUCAAUAUUAAUUAUAAUCCCGGAAGUCAGGCGAGCUAUUCUUUUGCUGUAAGAUUUGCUUGAGAUUAGAGUGUUGCAUAUAGGAGUUUGUUGAUGGAUGCCAGGUUCCGUAAUCAAGGUUUUGUUUCCAAACCUGCAUUAACAACGUUCAAAAAUCUGAGCAACACCGUCCAUGUUGGAGGAGCUGGAACUGCAUCUGGCUGUGCAGAUACCACAUUACGCCUUGAUUUCCCUGGUUCUUCAGUCUCUGCAGGCUUGUCAGCUUCAAGAGGAAUCAAGAGAAAGUGGAGCUUGUCUGGUGGAUCUUUGGAGCAACAAAUUGAAUUGCCAUUAUGUCUUGGGUUGGGCCGUUGUUCAAGUUCCUCAGAUAGCAAGGGAAGUUCAGCUACGGCAUGUACAACUGUAUCUUCUGCCAAAGAAACUGAUGAGGGGUCAUCAAUGGAUCUAGAAUUGGACUUCUCUUUCCAUCUUGGUAAUGAGAAGAUAUCCAGCCCAAAGAACAGUGUCAGCUCUAAUCUGAGUGCACCUGUUUUGCAGCCUAAGGUUAAUUUGGACUUGAGUUUGUCCUUUAAGCCUUCUGAAUCUGAUAUCUCUUCUACCCAUCCAUGCAUCAGUCCAACUCAACAUGUCGUAGAAAAUACGCUGAACAUUGGUGCAAUAAAUCACAAGGAUGAAGGGUCAGCUUCCUCACAUUGGAAGAGAAGAAAUUAUGUUCCUCCAAGUUUGUUCCUUGAAGAGAGUCUAAGAGAACAUAAGCCAGCUCAGACAACUCCAGACCUCUCCUCAAGUGUAGUAACAACACCAAAAAGCUCAGUAACUUGCACUUCCGGGAUUACACAGCAGCGUAGCAGUAACACAAAAACAUGUCAGUUUCAGGGGUGUGGAAAGGGAGCAAGGGGUGCUUCUGGUCUCUGCAUUGCUCAUGGUGGUGGGCGGCGAUGUCAGAGGCCUGGUUGCCAUAAGGGAGCCGAAGGCCGAACUGCAUACUGCAAGGCCCAUGGUGGUGGUAGACGGUGUGAGUUUCUAGGAUGCACGAAGAGUGCAGAAGGACGUACAGAUUACUGUAUUGCGCAUGGUGGUGGUCGGAGAUGCAGUCAGGAGGGUUGUAGUCGCGCUGCCCGAGGCAAAUCUGGACUUUGCAUUCGACAUGGAGGUGGAAAGAGAUGCACUAGGGAAAAUUGUACAAAAAGCGCUGAAGGUCUGUCUGGUCUUUGCAUCUCACAUGGGGGUGGCAGAAGGUGUCAGUAUCCAGCAUGCACUAAAGGGGCUCAAGGAAGCACAAUGUUCUGCAAGGCACAUGGUGGUGGCAAGCGGUGCACAUUUGAAGGAUGUACCAAAGGUGCAGAAGGGAGCACACCUUAUUGUAAGGGCCAUGGUGGUGGGAAAAGGUGCGCCUUUGAAGGAGGAGGGGUUUGCCCAAAGAGCGUUCAUGGAGGUACCCUCUUUUGUGUAGCACAUGGGGGUGGUAAGAGAUGUGCUGUGCCUGAAUGCACCAAGAGCGCCAGGGGACGAACUGAUUAUUGUGUCCGGCAUGGUGGGGGAAAGAGGUGCAAAGUUGAAGGUUGCAGCAAAAGUGCUCAAGGUAGCACUGACUUUUGCAAGGCUCAUGGGGGUGGGAAAAGAUGCUCUUGGGGCCAUCCGGGUUCAGAUUUUGGCAAAGAUGAUAGCCCUUGUAAUGCUUUUGCUAGAGGAAAGAAUGGUCUGUGUACAUCCCACAGUGGCUUGGUUCAGGACAAACGAGUGCAUGGAGGUGCUACGGUGGGAGUUAUGGUCCACGAUUCAAAAAUGUGUGAGAUGACGAAAGGGGUUAUCAAUACCGAGGACACCAGUGCUGAUUAUAUGAUGAUGGACAACACUGUUGUGCCUACUGGAUGUAUUGGCUCUAUGUGGAAGGAAGGUAGUCUUCCAAUCGGUCUGGGUGCAACAUCAUCUCGAGUUGUCGUUCCUGAAGGGAGGGUGCACGGAGGUGGUCUCAUUGCAUUGCUAUCAGGUAGUUCCGAACAGAUGUUAAAUGCCAACAAUAACUUUGUUGUUGGUCAUCCUUCUGAGCCUGGGAAAUUUUAUAUGAUGCCAAGAAAAUGGGUGUAAUGCUUUCACUCAAACCUCUGUUUCUGCUCUUAUCCAUAUUGGUGGGGUUAUUCUCUAAUGUUUUUAGUUUAAUGUUUCAAGAUUUGAUGUCUUUCAGUUAUUAAGCAGUUCAAGAUUGGAAGUGCUAUUGUUGGGAACGCAAGUGUAACGUCAAUAAGGGUAAAACUGGAUAGGAGUAUGGUAGUUUUCUGGGUGGUGGCUAUUGAUGUCUCUUUGUACAUGUUUUAGUUAUCAGCUUGGUUCUUGUAAAUCCGUCUUCAAUUAGACGGAGGAUGUAUUGAUAAAUAAGUCUCCCGAGUUCUGACUGGUAGCUUUGUGUCUUAAUAGUGUAUGAUGCUGAUACUGCUUAGUGUUCUGUUAUGUUUUAGUGGUGGUCUCAGUAUCUGUGUUACCGUUGAUUUAAUUGAAGGGAAGUACCUUAUGAAAUACUGUUCUUGGUUAU